AGUAAAAAAAAUAACAACAAAAUUUGCAACUUAAUUUUUAUUUUUUUUUCUUUUUGGGGAAAUUGGUAUUCAUAACAUAACAUAAACUUAUAUUGUUGAUUUUCAUCUUCUUUUCCGGGAUUGAUCUUCUUCCAAAAUUUGGAUAAGUUUUGAGUUUUAAAAUAUUGUUUCCCCCUUUUAAGGAACAAUUCUAAAGUUCUGUUUUGUUUGAGAAAAAACAAUAGAAAAUUUCAAUACAAAGAUAGGCAAGAUAGCUAAGGAAUUAGAACUAGCUGGACAAAAUGUUGGGAAGGUGGGCAAUGGUAAUGCCUCCCCUUCCCCUUCCGAGGACGAGGUGGAAAAUUCCGAGAAGAUGGAUAUACCGUUGAUUGGUGGAGACCGGUAUGACAGCGAGCAUGUGGCCGAGCUCCACUCAGCCCCAUCUGGGGUGCUAAAGGCGGAGGAUGGGGAGGCUAUAGGUGAUUAUUCUCCUAUAAAGAGUUUUGCAGAUGCUAAGCAUGUAUGGUGGACAGAAUCGUCGAAGUUAUGGGGCAUUGCAGGUCCUAUUGCUUUCAAUAUCCUUUGCAAUUAUGGUAUUAAUUCAUUUACCAAUAUCUUUGUUGGACAUAUUGGAAAUGUGGAGCUCUCAGCUGUGGCCGUUGCUCUUUCUGUUUUUGGAAGUUUUGUCUUCGGUUUCUUGUUAGGCAUGGGAAGUGCUUUAGAGACAUUAUGUGGGCAAGCAUAUGGAGCAGGGCAAAUACACAUGCUUGGAAUCUACAUGCAAAGAUCUUGGCUUAUCCUCUUCGGCGCUUGCUUGUUGCUUUUACCACUUUACUUAUGUGCUACGCCAAUCCUAAUGCUCUUGGGUCAAGAACCUGAUAUAGCGGAGCUUGCAGGGAAGUUUGCCAUACAAUGUGUCCCACAGAUGUUCUCGCUUGCUGUGAAUUUUCCGACUCAGAAGUUCUUGCAGGCACAAAGUGAUGUCGCAGUCAUGGCAUAUGUUGGUUUUGUGGCCUUGAUCGUCCAUGUCAUGAUGCUUUACCUCUUCAUCGAGGUGUUUGGGUGGGCUACCAUGGGUGCUGCUUUAGCCUAUAAUAUCUCUGGCUGGGGGAUUGCGUUGGCUCAAGCGUUUUACAUCAUAGGUUGGUGCAAGGAUGCUUGGACUGGCUUCUCUUGGUUGGCUUUUCACGACCUUUGGCCUUUCGUUAAGCUCUCUGUUGCUUCUGCUGUUAUGAUUUGCUUGGAGAUUUGGUACUUUAUGAGCAUCAUUGUUCUCACUGGCCACCUUGAAGAUCCUGUUAUUGCAGUUGGUUCCCUUUCUAUCUGUAUGAAUUUAAAUGGGUGGGAAGGCAUGCUGUUUAUAGGAAUUAACGCAGCUAUAGGCGUUCGAGUUUCCAACGAACUUGGAUCAGGACACCCAAGGGCAGCCAAGUACUCCGUGAUUGUCAUCGUUGCUCAGUCACUCUGCAUAGGCAUCCUCCUUAUGUGCAUGGUCAUGCUCACUAGGAAUCAUUUUGCUGUAAUCUUUACAGAAAGUAAAGAUAUGCAAAAUGCUGUUGCUCAUUUAGCUUAUCUUUUGGGCAUUACCAUGGUACUUAACAGUGUCCAGCCAGUCAUAUCAGGUGUUGCGGUUGGAGGAGGGUGGCAAGCCUUAGUUGCUUACGUAAACCUGUUUUCGUAUUAUGUUAUUGGACUGCCUUUGGGAUUUCUCCUUGGCUAUAAGACUCGCUUAGGCGUGGAGGGUAUUUGGAUAGGAAUGAUAAUUGGGACAAGUCUUCAGACAUUUAUCCUAGUCUACAUAGUUUACCAAACGAAUUGGAAUAAAGAGGUAGAGGAAGCUUCAGAAAGACUGCGAAUAUGGGGUGGACAAGCUGAAGAAUCGCAUGAUGAUGAUAAAAAAGUUCUUACUAUGGAGAUUGUCCCAAAUGAUUCAUUAAAAUAGGUUUUUAUUUGUUUUACUCUUUAAUCUACAUAAUAUCCAAAUUAAACAGGUAGAUUUUUUAUUUUUUUUUAAUUACUCCUUGAUAAUCUUUUGCUAGUUUUGAACCUAGUUAGGGUUAGGAGAUUAAAUUGAUGGUAGGACAUAGUAUACAGGACUAUAGCAAAUUAUAGUAAUAGUUACAGUACUAUCCUUCAGAACAUUAAAGUUGGAACUGAGAUACAAGAAUUCGUUUUUUUCUUCCUAUAUUAAAUACAAUAUGUCAAACUAAUUAAUAUGAAGUUGGUAUUACAUUUCUUUACUCGAUGAGAUAAGGUAGACGAUGAAUCCUUGAUUCCCAAAUUAUCUUGGUUCCCACUUGUAAGUUGUAAUAAACACUUUGGUAAAUGGUAAUGGUGGUGUCGAUAUAAAUGUCGUCU